AUGGUAGGCUUAGAAAAUGAAGGGAUUAUGAAUGCAGAUCUUUGCUUGCCGUUAAAUGAACGUUCAUUUCGUCUUCUCAUUCAACAGUACAAUGAAGAGGCGGCUGCAGCCCGUGCCGUCGCCUUAAGAAAUAGUGAAGAUUCAUCCAGCAGCCGUGCAGAUUUGGCACUCGCAGCCCAAUACAUGGAAGAUCUCACCCGAGAUGCCACUCGUCUCUACAAAAAACUACAGGAAGGAGGAGGGAAAGAUGAUAGUUUAUUAUGGACAAAAGAUGAUGUGAAUACACUACGCAUGUUGGGAUUUGAUGUACGCCAUCUUGACACUUUAAUGAGAAGAGAUGUUCAUACAUACACGUCUAACAUACACUCCACACAGAAACUUCACACACCUAAUCUUGAUGCUCUUCUAUCAGUAGAACAAAAGAUUCAGGAAUUGCAGCAAAAAGUAGAGUCUUUAACUCUAGAAAAUCUUUCACUGAGACGCGCAGUUUCUAAGAAACCUCAUAAAAUUUCAACUAUACAAAAUUCUAUUUAUAAUACCUCUGGUUCAUUGGAAGCUCUUACAGUCGCCUUCAAUGGAUUAAAAGAUGCCUACUACAAGAGACGUGAUGAAGAUUCUCUUGUACAGAGAAUGCGGGAGAAAUUUGCCUUGGCACUUCAUGAUAUUCGUGUAGAGGAUCGAAGACUUCGUGUUGCUGGAGUUAAUCAAUCGGAGUGUCCAUACACAGUUAUUGAAGAUACUUUUCGUAUCCUUCAAAGUAUAGAUGCGUGUCGACGAGUACGUUAUUGUGUUGGGAAUAAUUCUAAUAUCGUAGAAGAACCUGUGGAUACCGCUGUGAUACAACUUCUUAAUGAUCUUGAUUUUUCUUUUCCUGUACAUAUACGGCGACUUGGUCCUGGUGGUGAUUAUUUUAUUGAUCAGCAUGUUGAAAUUAAGUUAAUUGACGGUCAGCUUCUUGUGAAACCAAAGUUAUCGACAAUUCAUCAUUCAACUUCUUCAGAUGUAGUGAAUAAACCUCGAUAUGAACAUCUGGCAAAGUAUCUUAUUCAUCUCUAUUCCCCUGCUAUGGAUUUAGAAAAAGCAGCAGGAAAAGAUGAUGAUGAUGAUAAUGUGAUGGAACAACAACAAGAAGAAAAAAAACGAAAACAAGAACCUGGUGUGAACAAUAGUUAUGAUUAUACUCGUGAUAGUGAUAUACCCUUUGGAGAACGCAUUGCUUCUCUCAAGCAAAAGCAACAGGAUUUGCAACGCACUUUGAAGUCUCAUUAUGAACAGCUACGACAGCACCAGCAACAAUUGGAAUCGAAUCUUUCUUCAUCUCCAGAGGUGUCUCAAUUGGAUCACGUUGAUGUAGUUAAUCAGGUAAAAAGAAUGCACACUGAAGAGAAGCCCACGAUGGUAUUAGGCUCUCCAUUCAGUGGAGAGGAUAGAGUUGCCCAUACACUUCAAAUGUUGGAGAGUAAUGGAAAAAUCCCUGAUCUUUCUACACUUUCAGAGUCUGAAUUGCGCAGACUCAAACGGGCCGCACUACGGCGACAAAUGCGUACAUUACAAGGUCUUAGUGGUGUUGUUUCACCUCGUUUACAAACUCAUUCCUUGUAA